ACCGCGAGAGCUUUCGAACGGGGAGCCCGUGCUGCGCGCGACAAUCUCUCCCGCGUAUUUACGUACGCAGCACAUUCAACCCUAAAUCCAAUUAAAAAAACAAUGUGUCAGUGACCGCUAAUCACCUAUAAUGGGAUAAUAGUGUAAUAGGUUAUUAGUUCAUAGUUUUUCUUGUGUGGAAAAUGUUUUUGAAGGAUGUGAUUUCGGAAAAAUGUUGAGGGCGUCCCGCGCGCGAUGUUUGCACGUAGGAUUGCUGUGGUUCAUUUUGUGCCUAGGCGACGUAGAUGGACUUAUAGAAAUAGUGGAAGAGCAACAAUGUCACGACAGCGAGUUCCGACUCACAUGCCGGGACCUAGACUCUCACAUCGCAGUAUUAGAGGCGUGGUACACCUCCGCAGAAAACUACCACAUCAACACCACCCACGAGAGCCUCAAAAUUAAAACCGAAAACGAUUCGGAACUAAACAGAGUUUACGUGUAUUCUAGUCCUAAACAUAAUGGGGUUUACCAGCCCACAAAUCAUUCCAUGUUAGAAAACACCUCGAGUAUAAAUAAUACGUUUGAUUUUAAUGAUUUUGUUAAUGAUACCUCGUUUUUUAAUGAGACGGUGGAUGUGUCAGUGGAUUACGUGAAUGUGUCUGGAUGUGGUGUUCCGACCUUCGCGAGGAGUUACGCCAGUUGGCGGGAGGGAGAUAAGAGGAGACGGAUCCAGUCGAGAGAAGCUUCUGUCAAUUUGAGAGCACCUGUCAGUUAUAGAUGUACAGGCGUGAAUCAUUGCAACUUUCUGCUGUAUGAGGACUUUCCUCCGUCGAAGAGUUGGUCGCCAGGAGCUGUGUUCAUUAAAUAUGCUUGUUUUGAUGAUACGUUAUCAGUCCACUACUGCAACAGAGAAGUGACAAUAGCCGAAGUCGGAGAAGACAGCGAGGGGUACAUCAGAACCCCGGGGUAUCCGCACUUCUAUGUCGGCGACGAGUGCCGCUGGCGGUUGCGGGUUAACCCCGAGCAGAGGGUUAGGGUCACGCUUAUGGAUGUCAGUUUGAGAAGUAUAGGGCCUUUUGAGAACCGCUGCACGGACUUCGUGACGGUUCAGGACCAGAAUGGAGAUUCCCUCCUGUCUUCCUGUGAGCAGGUGGAACUGCCUCUAAGAUUGACAUCAGUGACCAACGUCGUCGAUGUCGCCGUGGAAGCUAAGUCCAAAGGAGCUUACCCUAAGAGAGGGGUGCUGUUACAUUAUAAAAGUAUAGGUUGUGUUACGCCACAAGCGCCAUCUAACGGCUACCUAGUGUACCGCAACGAAGACGUAGCUCACUACAUGUGCAACGUCAACUUUGUUUUCGUGGACACGCGACAGAGGGCGCGUCUAUUAUGGUGCUAUGAUGACAAUAGAUGGAACGACACUGUGCCUGUGUGUGUCGAAGAGGCUACUCAGACGACGGUACCAGCCGUCGAAGAUUUAGUUGAAGCAAGAGGGGAAAAAUACGACCUGGCGCCACGCGACGUACCCGAUAUGAUGGUUGACAUAGUCAUACCAUCACUACUUAUAGCAGCGUUGUUCGUCGGCAACGCUUUAAUCGUCCUCAUCAUAUACAAAUAUAGGAAACGAAAAGAAGGCGAUGAGGUCGAAGAUGAGUUUAACACCAUUCCACUGAGUGUCAACGGCAACGUGCAUAGUGCCGGCAACGCGGUUUAGUCAUCUUACAACACAGGACGGUUUCACGCGGACGACUAUACUUUCUACUACGGAAGAAACGCAAGUUGGCCUACGUAUAUGCAAGAUGACCUACGUAUAUGUACAAGUUGACCUACGUACUCUUGCGUAGUGGAUAGUGAAUUUAUCGAGACUAGGACGACAAGAUUAUUUUUUGCUUUUUGACAGCCUUUUUGUAAUUUGUAAACUGAAUCAAGGCAUAUUAAGUGUUGCGGUAUUUCUCACAGAUUUUAUGUUCCUUUAAACAUCUUAAUUAUGUAAAUGUCACCGUAAGAUUUGGUUAUAAUUUGUAAGAGCAAUAGUAUUUAGGUUAUUUCGAUCAUGUAAGUAGUAACUUUCGUAAUGUGGAGAUAGCGUUGUCGAAAUUAAUUUAAAACUGUAUGCUGACAUCAUUUCAUUUCUAUUUAGUUAAUUUAUUAACACACUUUAAGUGUCUCACGGCUGAAUACUAGAAAUAAAUGGCGAUUAUUUAACCUUCAGAUUAUCUUAUUGCCGAGUCUAGAUAAAUACAAAAGCGAUUAUGAUAAUGCAUUCAAAAGAUAAUUGAGAUUACAAGAAAGAUACAAGUUUUAUUAUGUCUUUAACGUAAAGCGAGGUAAUUGCUGAAGUGAAAAAAAUCUAAUUACAACUACAGCAGCAUCAUAUUGACUUUAAUUAGUCGUCGGCGUGCAGGCGUCCUUAAUUGAUUUGAACUUUGAAGAAUGUAGGAUGUUGACAGCUCGGCGGUGCGGUCGCGUCGCCGGUCUGUCGACAGCCUAAAGCAACACGCUUUCAAUAUCCAACAUGGCGACGACGCCAGCACAACUUGGCGACCUGUGUUAGCGACUUUAUUUAAUUGGAUUUUAUGAUAGUAAAUAGGGUCGUUGAUACAAGUCGCUGUGUUGUGCUAGAAGGUCCCCGUGUUGGCCUAAGCGUAUUAGGGUUACCUUAUUUAUUCGUUAGACUCAAAUAGAACGCGAAAUAGUCCAAGUUUAAUCUUUCUUAGGACCCUUUUAGGUAUUAAGUAAGGACUGAUAUUGUUAUAAAUACUCUAUUAGAUUUUUUUUUAUUUUCUAUCGCACCUUCACUGGCUCUGUUGACACGUCAAUUAAGUACCUAAUGUUGAUGCUUGAUCGCUCUAGGCUAGUCUAUGCUCUAGGUACCUUGUGAUUAUAAUUUCUUCUGUAAUUGUUGAUGUUUUUGUAUUUGGCGGAGUAUGUAUAAAUUCUGUAAUGAAUAAAAAGCACUUUAUCUUU